CUUUCGUUAUCCGGGAAAGCACUUGAAUCUGGUCCAACUGACGUCAAGCUCUUCGAUCACGAUAAGGUAUCGCCAACAGAAGUUAUCGCGGAGCUGGAACAAAAGUGGAAUUCUUCAUCGGCAUACCCGAGGCGCUUCUGGUUGCACUCCCUCACAGGCGCGGAAGCCCGCUCCGCGUGUUUGUAUCACUACAUGUUAGAUGUGCAAGACAAGCUUUACACCCAUUGUGGAUUCUUCGUUGAAUUUUUGUUGGGGCAAGAGGAGUACGCAGUGCACAACAGCCGGAUUGGGACGCGCCGUAUCCUGCACCGCACAAUCACCGGCCACACCAACUACAAGCAGCACACAUAUCUCGAGAUGGCUGUUGGCAUUGGAGGUCCGCGAGAGCGCUCCCUGACCAUGGAAGAACUUCGCCGGUUGGAUUUCGUGUGCGCAAUCCAUUUCGACCCGUCGCUACCAGAACGCCCUGUCGUCGGGAUCUUCAUAUUUCCCAAAAGUGUGGCUGAGAAUUACUUGCGCUCUCGGGAAAAUGAAAAAGAACUAGUAAAUGCGGUGUCUGCUGGCGGCGGCAGCGCCGCCACAGUUGAAUUAAAGCGUUUCUUCACUGUCCACCCUCCUCUGUCGUGGCCGCGACACAGUCACGCGAAGCUGCGACAGCAAGAGCAAACUAGGUACUACAUCGACCUGCGAUCUAGUUCGCAUCGAGAUGCCAAUGUCGCCAGAGCAAAACAAAUCCUGGCGUGCUACUAA